AUGCAAAAUCAGCACUAUUUUUUGCGUUCUUCGACCAAAAGCAAACCGGCAGAAGACGACAAGUUCUACGACGCAACAAACAUGGCGAACACGGAGGCCACACUAAACGAGUUAAGAGAGCAACUGCAGCAACUUCAACUAGUAAACGCACAGCCAACAGCUGCAAAUUCUCAAAACUUAGCUCAAAUCGUCAUCCCAAAAUUCAACAAAUCGAAUCCGACACUUUGGUUCGCGCAACUAGAGCGCCUCCUUAGUUUACACAAUGUGGUGCGCGACGACAACAAGUUUGACCUGGUGUCAGUACAACUGGAGGAAGAUGCAGCCCGUGCAAUCGAAGAUCUCAUUACUCGGCCACCUACUGACAACAAGUACGACGCAAUGAAGCGUCGGCUGCUCGAAACUUUCGGCGAAUCAGAGGAUUCGAAAAUGAGACGACUCCUCCGGGGUGGCGACAUGACUGGGAAGAAGCCGUCGGAGAUCUUGACUCACUUGCGUCGCUUAGCACCUGCUAGUGGGUGCGAAGCCGUAAUACGAAACCUUUUCUUCACUGAGUUACCUUCGUCGAUUCGCCCACUCAUUUCGGUUUGGGAGGAGAACGACCUGGACAAGCUGGCAAAGAUUGCCGACAAGAUGCUCGAAAACAGCGCUAUCGACUCAAUAGGUGUUAUGUCGACUCAACCCAAGCCCGCUGAGCAAAGGCAGCACAGCGUGGAGGCGGUAAGUAGCAACAAUCCAAAUUUAAAAGACGUUGCUGCUGCUCUGCAUAUUCUAACGCAGAAGGUGGAUAAGCUACAACACGACACGCACGCCGCCAAGAAGCCCAAGGUUCCUCAGCCAACUACCAUACGAACCUUUGGACAUCAGGACCUGGAACUCGACCUGGGCCUGGAUCGUUCCUUCAAAUGGUCAUUUGUCGUCGCUGAUGUACAAUCGGCAAUAAUUGGCGCUGACUUCCUAGCACAGUUCCAUUUGCUCGUUGACAUCAAGAAACAACGUCUUACCAACGGCACAAGCAUAUCCGUAAUCUCGCAGGAUUUUGCUUCGCCAAAUGACGAUAAAACGGAGCAAGGCGAGCACCUACACAUCGACAACAUGAACUCAUCCAAUUCACUUUCAGUUCGCCACUACAUAACAACAACUGGAGCACCCGUAGCAGAUCGGCCCAGGCGACUCAUGGGAGAGAAACUUUCUGUGGCUAAAGCACAGAUACAUCAACUAAUCGACAACAAAAUCUGCAGAUACUCCAAAAGUCCAUGGGCCAGCCCGUUGCACAUGGUAGCAAAAAGCAGUGGUGGAUGGCGGGCUUGCGGCGACUAUCGCAAGCUUAAUGCCAUCACCGUUCCAGAUCGUUACCCGAUUCCCCACAUUCACGAUUUUGCCGACCGACUAUAUGGCAAAAGCGUUUUCACUACACUAGACCUCGAACGAGCAUACUAUCAAAUACCGAUGGCCCCAGAGGACAUCGAAAAAACAGCGGUAUGCACACCGUUCGGGCUAAUUGAAUUCGUAAAAAUGCCAUUUGGACUGAAAAAUGCGACACAAACGUUCCAGCGUUUCAUGGAUCAGAUCUUCCAAGCGGUUGAAUACGUCUUUUGUCCAACUCAGUGGAGGAGCACAGACAACACGUGGAUAGGAUUCUACAAAUCUUAA